AGUUGGAUGCAGUCUAUGAUAUUUGCCAUUGAUGAAAUUAACCAGAACCACAAUUUGCUUCCUAACAUCUCCCUGGGGUACCAUAUUUUCGAUAGCUGUGUCCACUUAUCUGAGGUUCUUUCUGGAACCUGGCAGACCCUUUCUGGAGAAGACCAUAGUGUUCCCAACUACCAGUGUCAGCCCCGCGUGCCUCUUGCCGUCAUCGGGGAUGCCUUCUCCACAACGUCUAUGGCAAUGGCCACUCUACUGGGUGUAUAUAAAUAUCCUCAGGUAAGCUACACCGCUUCUGCCCCCUCGCUCAGCAAUCGCUUCCUCUACCCUUCAUUCUUCCGCACCAUCCCCAGCGAUAACACACAAGCUCUUGCCUUGGCCAAGUUGGUGUCAUUCAUGGGAUGGAACUGGGUUGGCUUGCUGUCUCUUGAUGAUGAUUAUGGAAUUUUGGGGUCUCAAAUUCUGAAAGAAGAACUCCAGAAAUUAGGAGUAUGUCUGGCUUAUCACGAGGUGUUCGGAAAAGGAACGUCUCCCGAAAAGAUGAAGUCCAUUGUAGAUAUAGUUAGACAAUCUACUGCUAAGGUGGUCAUCAUCUUCUCUCGGGAUCCCUUUAUAAACAUGCUGUUAGAGCUGUUGGAGAAUAAGGACCCCGGGAAGAUUUGGGUGGCCUGUAAUGGGUGGUCAAACUCCCCAAUCGCUUCUGUGACCCAGUUUAGCCGUACAAUGAUGGGAACCCUGGGCUUUUCAUUGCAUGAAGCAGAAAUAACCGGAUUCAAGGACUUUUUACUUUCCAUUCGCCCAUCGACUACCCUCCCAAACGAUAUCUUCGUACAGACGUUCUGGGAAAUUGUACACAGUUGCCGUUGGAACGAUGCACAGAAUGGGAGUGUGCUGUGCACAGGGGAGGAAAAACUGGAAAGAUUCACCGGCAAAGAUUAUGAAUUCGAUGAGUUUGACUUCAGGUCCCACUAUACGAUAUACAAUGCAGUGUACGCGGUGGCCUAUGCCCUCCAUGCGUACUUGAGUGCAUGUGGUAAAAAAUGUAGAGAUUUCCGAACCAUUAAACCAUGGCGGGUUCUUCAUUACCUGAAAGAUGUCCAUUUUGAAAACAAGAUGGGUGAUGAGAUAUACUUUGACCAGAACGGAGACCCGCCAACUGACUACGAUCUUGUGAACUGGCGCCGGACUUCUGACGGUUCUAUUAAGUUUGUGAAGGUCGGUAGAUACAACAUGCGAGAAACGGAAGCAAAUGAGUUAAGCAUCAAUAUCUCAGCCAUCCAGUGGAUUACAGGAGACGAGGAGAUCCCUCGUUCCAUGUGCAGCGAAAGCUGUUCUCCCGGAUUUCGGAAAGCUCCUCAAAAGGGUCGACCUUCUUGCUGCUUUGACUGCAUCCCGUGUUCAGAAGGAGAAAUAUCCAACCAGACAGAUUCGAGAAACUGUUUUGCUUGCUCUGCUGAGACAUGGCCCAAUGAGAACAAAACAAGGUGCGCCCCGAAGCUUAUAGAGUACCUCUCAUUUUGGGAACCAUUGGGAAUGGCCCUCUUUUUGGCUGUAAUCUUUGCAUCGUUGUCAACCGUAACAAUCUUGUGCGUCUUCUACAAGAACAAAGACACAGCCAUUGUGAAAGCCAACAAUCGAGAUCUUACCUAUGUCCUCCUAAGUUCCUUGAGUCUGAGUUUCCUCUGUCCUCUGCUGUUUAUUGGGGAACCUCAUAGAUUAACUUGCAUUUUCCGCCAAGUGGCUUUUGGGGUCAUCUUUGUCCUCAGUGUUUCGUCCGUCUUGGCCAAGACCAUCAUGGUUGUCGUUGCUUUCAGCGCUACCAAACCUGGUAGCAACAUGAGGAUGUGGCUGGGACCCAGAGUCCCAGCAUCAACUGUGUCCAUCUGUACCCUUCUUCAGAUCUUCAUCUGUAGCUACUGGGUACUCACAUGUCCUCCUUUCCCCGAGAGAAACAUGAAUAUCAAGGUAGGAGUGAUAAUACUCCAGUGUAAUGAAUGCUCGGACACUUUGCUGUGGUGCAUGUUGGGUUACAUGGCGUUCUUAGCCUGUGUCAGCUUCAUGGUCGCUUUUCUGGCCAGGAAAUUACCGGACAGCUUCAACGAAGCCAAAUGGAUCACAUUCUCCAUGCUGAUCUUCCUGAGUGUUUGGAUCUCCUUUAUCCCGGCCUACCUAAGCACUCAGGGCAAGUACAUGGUGGCCGUAGAGAUAUUUGGAAUCACAUCUUCCGGCGCUGGAGUCCUAAGUUGCAUUUUCCUCCCCAAAACAUACAUAAUAUUAUUUAGACCCGACCUCAACACUCGUGAGAACCUUCUUGGAAAAGGGUCAACUAUGAGAACAAACAUGUAACUUCCGUCAUCGUGAAGAAGAUAUUUUCAUAUAUUACAUACAGAG